CCCAAGCGAGGUGUGCUGCGUUCUUGUCAAUCUCAUACGUUCCCUCCUAGAGCCUACCGGUACGAACGAACCAGCCACAUCCCCCUCCACAAGAAGACACCACCGGCAGCCCCACGAACCCCCCGCCCCCUAUCCAUCCGUCCAUCCACCGCUCGGUAUCAAAUCGAAUCGAAUCAUCGAAUCGAAUCGAAGCCAGCCGCCCGCAACAUGCCGCCCCACGUCUGGAUCCCCAAGGCCACGGCCCACGCCGCCUCCCGGUACGCCUCCCACCGGAGGGAGGCCCUGAGCCUCUACCGGGAAAUCCUGCGGACGGCCAGGGCCUUUCACUGGUGCGACGAGGAGGGCCGGCCCUGGAACGAGCGCCUGCGCAGGGAGGCCCGCCGCGAGUUCGAGGCCGCCAGGCACGAGACCGAUCCCCUGGUGCUGGCGAGGCUCCUGGUGACGGGCCGGGACUGCGUCCAGCAGGUCCAGAACAAGUUCAACGAGGCCGACCGGGCGGCCCGGGACCGGAUCCACCGGGAUUCCGGGGCCCGGGGGUGAUGCGAUCCGGCGGCGACCGAUCGGUUGCCUUUCGAUUCGUUGCCCACAACGCACCCGGCCCGGUGUCCACCGUCUGGCACGCACUUGUUUGGUGGUGGUUCGCUUCGUUCCGGGUCGGUGUGUGCCGGAGCCGAGCCCAUCGUUGGCCCGGAGAGGACGCCACCCAAUCCCCGCCUCGCGAUGCGGUUUCGCGCACGCUUGGGGGAGUGGAUGGUACGGCACGGCACGGCACGGCUCCGGAUUCCCCGGAUCGGACGGGAGCGGUGGUCCGUUCGGAGGAGGACGAGCCGCCGAUCCGGCCCCGGGCAAGGCCUUUCCGGACCGGGCGGAACGAAUCCCUCCGGAGGAGGCCCCCGGGGGGCUCCGUUUUGGUUUGCACCCCUGGGCGCUGAACAACGCGGAGCGUGUCGCUGUUCCCGGUGGACGAGCGGCGCGCAGCGUGGGAGCGCAUUGCCACCGUGCACUGCACUCUGGGCCGUUCUCGUCGACCACGGCCCGGCCGACACGGAUGGAUGGACACUCGACUCCGAACCAAAGUCGAGGCAUACUCCUUUCAUCGGUUGGGGAGUGCCGGUCGUGUUUUUCGAGGUUCCAUACGAUAAGAAAAAGUAAUAGAGAUGGCAAUAGCAAUAGCAAUAGCAAUAACAAUACAGUAUUCCGUUUGUGUAUUGGAGCAAGACGAUACGGUACCCGUCGAAAACAAGGAGCACGAGCAGCCUACUUAUGAAUGGCAGCAAAUCCACCACACCGGAGGCAGCUACAAGGCUCGAAGCAAGAGCAAUUCAAGCAUUCUUGCCAGUCCGAUUUGAUUCGAUUUAGUUUGCAGACAUAUGGUACAUACACAUUCGUUCCUCAUUUUAUUUCAUAUCACACUGCAACACUUUACUCCAACCGAAAAUCUACCCUACAAUGGUAGUCUUCUUCCGCUGAUUCGAUGCGGCCGUCCACCAAAACACUCCAUGCCAUCGUCGUGCUCAUUUGGCAUUCCAACACAAAACUGCACUACACACAGCCCAUCGCCACAGGUUGCACCACAACCAAUGGCUUGUUCGUUUCUCGGUACUGUGUCCACCACUGGUCGGUUC